CGUUUUUCAAUUUGUAAACUUCCGACAGCAUGGACGGAUUCGGCUUGUUUCGAAAACUUGGUGUUGGAACAAAAUUUGACUUUAAACGCUUCAGAAAGGAUGCAGAUGUUUUAAAUCUGUUGCCACAAAAUACAAAUCUGACAACAUCAGAUAAUGCACGACAGCCUGAAGAUGAUGAGACAGAAAAUGUUGAAUCAGAAUCUGAAAAGGGAGCAGAGGAGGAAGAAAUGUCGAGGGAGAUGAAGGAUGGGGAACCUGAGAUGACUGUUCUACAGGGGCUGAAGAAAAAGGGAGAAAAAUCAGGAACAAAGAACAAGUCUAAGCAGAGCUUUACGAAACUGAAACAAGAAAAGAUAAACCACAUCAGAAAUAAGAAUAGAAUCCACUGCUUUGGUGAGGAUCCACCCAGCCCCUGCACCAGCUUUGAUCAGUUAUUAUCUACAUAUGGAUUUCAUCCGCAAAUAUCCAAAAACAUUGCUACUGUCGGAUACAUGAAGCCAACUCCCAUCCAAAUGCAGGCCAUACCAGCCAUGAUGCAUAGAAGGGAGAUCUUAGCUUGUGCACCAACAGGAUCAGGCAAAACUGCAGCUUUUAUCCUUCCCAUCAUGCAUCACCUGAAGGAGCACAAAAAGAAAGGAUACAGAGCCCUUAUACUUGCCCCAACCCGAGAACUGGCAAAACAGAUAUACCGAGAAUUUUUGCGGCUAUCUGAGGGUAUAGGACUGAAGGCUCAUUACAUCAACAAGGCAACGACAGAGAAACAAUUGGAGAAAAAGUUUGAUGUGUUGGUGUCUACUCCCAACAGACUGGUGUAUAUGCUGCAACAAGAUCCUCCUCAUAUCAGUCUUAGUCAGGUGGAAUGGUUGGUGAUUGAUGAAUCAGAUAAAUUGUUUGAAGACGGGAAAACUGGAUUUCGAGAGCAGUUGGCUAAGGUGUAUCAAGCUUGUGUCAGCAACAAUGUAAAGCGAGCAUUGUUCAGUGCAACAUUCGCUGUGGAGGUCGAGGAGUGGUGUAAGCUAAACUUGGAUAAUGUGUUACAGGUGUACAUAGGAGCCAAGAAUUCAGCCACAACGACUAUUGAACAAGAGUUAAAAUUUGUUGGGACAGAAACUGGGAAGCUGCUGGCAGUUCGUGACAUUAUAUCAAAAGGAGUCCAACCACCUGUUCUUAUAUUUGUGCAGUCAAAGGAGAGAGCACGAGAGCUCUUCCAUGAACUAAUAUAUGAUGGAAUGAAUGUUGAUGUUAUACAUAGUGAUCAGACACAAGAACAGAGAGAUUCUGCAGUUAAAAACUUCCGCUCAGGAAAAACAUGGAUAUUGAUUUGCACUGAGCUCAUGGGAAGAGGAAUGGAUUUUAUCGGUGUAAAUCUGGUCAUCAACUAUGAUUUUCCCAACAGUGCCAUCAGCUACAUCCACAGAAUAGGUCGCACCGGGAGAGCGGGAAGGUCCGGUAGAGCUGUCACUUUCUUCACAGAAACAGAUUCAGUUUAUCUCAGAAGCAUCUCAAGGGUCAUGGUAAAUGCUGGAUGUCCUGUACCUAGUUAUAUGUUAGACAUGAAACGCCCCAACAAAAAACUUCGAAGAGCUGCAAAGAGGGUGCCUAAACGAGAUCGAAUAUCAACAGUCGCACAAUGCGACAUUGAUAAAAUUAACAAGAAAAGGAAAUACUUUGCUAAAGACAAAGGAAAUCAGGUGAAAAGAGCCAAAGUGAAAUAAAUCCAGAGACGAGUUGAGAUUUGAAACUGUUCCAAAAGUCCAGAGAAAGUGCAGAGAUUUAAUUGCUGUAACUGGAAUUCCUGUGGUCAGCAGAGUAAUUAUUUCUACACAGGAAUGUUGAUAGAGGUUAAAAAUGACUGAAUGUGAUGUUGAUGGAUGUUAAUAAUGACUGAAUGUGAUGUUGAUAGAGGUUACAAAUGACUGAAUGUGAUGUUGAUAGAGGUUAAAAAUGACUGAAUGUGAUGUUGAUGGAUGUUACAAAAUUAUUGAAUGGAAUAUGUUGAUGAAUGAUGGAAUGAUUUAAUAAAGACAUCAGGGCAA